AGCAUGUGGGUGAAACUAGAAACUUGAGCAGAGAAAACCGGAUGCUCUCGCAGGCUAAUUUCAUUGAUACCUGUCAGUGUCGAGAUCGCCGAGGUUCUGCAGCGUUGGAAUUUUGUGCCCUCGUCUUUUGAAACUGUACCGUUCUUCUAGGAUCUAGAGGCAAUCGAGCUGAAAGGUAAGAGGUUUUUCUUUUCUUCUUUUCCCCUUCGAAGCAAAUGCGAUAAAAAUUAAACGUACGUUAAGUGAUUUCCAGAAUAAUUACUCAAUUCAGUAUCUGUAAACCAAAUACCAAACACUAUCCGUUUGGCAAUUUACGGUAUACAAUAUUUAACUCUCCCACCUAAUUUCCAUGCAAAAGUAGUCCAGCUUUAUUUGCGCACGAGUUUCAGAGAAAUACACUUAUUGCGGUUAACGGUUAAAAGUUUUCCUUCGGAGACGAGGGGGGGUACUCCCUAUAACGACCUAUAUGGGAAGGCUUCGCCCGAAAAGGGGUAGCUUUUUCAGGCUUCAGGUGAAGUAAAGGUUAGAGAUUUCCGUCGAUAAAAAGGCCCAGAGGGGGCUAACGGAUGUAUUUUAUGGCUGUGAAAAAAUCGAACGAGAAACAAGAAAUAUCAACGAGCCCCAUGGACAUAACUUUGAGGCUGUAGCGCACUUGAAACAGUUUUCUAUUACAUUUAUAAGCUUAACGACAGACUCGGCAACUCAGAGAGGCCCUCAUUCGUUUUCAAAACCAGUAAACUAAAGGCAUUAUUUGCUCUGAAUAUGGACGAGACAAAAGAUCACAUUUUAAGCAAGAAAUUCUGUUUUUUUUGACGGGAAAGUUAAAAGUGCAACGGAUUUGUAUCCCUUACCACAAGUGUAUACCACCCCAUUAUACGAAAGCUAGUAGCACUCGUAACAAUGGAAUGCGAAACAGAGGACGCUUACAACGUUGAACUCUUUUGGAGCUGUUUUAACGAAGUUUUAAGGAAGAAAAAGAAAGAUGAUAGCUAUUUUUUUAACCCAAGAGGUUGGAUAACAGACAUGGCUGGAUCAAGCAUGGAGGGAUUAAAAAGAGUCAUUGGUGGUCCUCACGCAUUACAUAAAUUAAAAACAGACGAGUUUCACUUCAAAGAGUGCGAGAAAUAGGCACGCAAGAAAAUUAAAUGAACAUGAUAGACGUUAGAGGCAGCUUUCAAAGAUAAUGGAUUUCCAAGUUGUAAUUCUCGUUUGACCUAAGUAAUUAGUCUACAAAAAAGAUAGGAAUGAACGAGGAUAAGAAUAACGUUUAUUUUUUAACCAGCGACCCGUCCCGGCGACCCGUGACCCGCGACGAUUAGACACUCUCUUUUUUUGCAUGUCACGCAACGUUCCCCAAAAAACGGCUGUGAGGGAGACUACGGCGCAUCAGAAGAUGUUUUUUUCUGGGAAACUACAUUUCAUAAGCUUUCCAUAGUGACCAAAAUCAAAACUUUUGGACGAUUUUUGACCGAGUUACAAAUUUUAGAGUAACGUAGAUUUUUUGCACGCAAUUAGACUUGUAGUAAUCUGAUCAUGAAAUUAAAUAACACACAUGAAAAUAACUUCAAGAGUUUAUGAAUAUAGCUUUAUGCGUCCAAAUUCUUUAAGGAACUGAUCGUUUAUUACGUCUCAGUGGCGGGGGGGUGUUGGUUUCGGAGAGGGGUACGAUUUUCUAAGAGGCUUAAUUUUGGGAGGUCAAUUUUGAAAAUGCACAGAGUGUAAAGAGUGUGAGGCGGGUCGAAAUAUUAAGACACAGGACUGUAAAAGUUGUCAAACUAUAUUAUGAUUAAAAAAGGACAAAAAAAAUACACUUUGGCGGUUCUUUGUCAGCAACAAAAAGUUACCCUUACAAAGCUCGGCCUAUGAACCUUAACGUCUCAAGCAUAAAACAUUAUUUGCAUCUUCUCUUUUAAGACACAAGAUGUUAUCGUUUAAAGAGAGAGCAAACUGGACACCAGCCGAAGCCAGGGCUCAGUUUCGGCAGAACUUCUUUCCUUUCGUGCAGUCUGGAGGAAUUGCAGCUCCUUACACUCAAGUCAGCGUACAUUUUGUGCCCUCGGCUGAAGCAAAGCUCUUUGCUGAAUUUUGCCGACUUAACCAUGCUCCGUGUCCUGUCGUUUAUAAGAGUGAACCCGGACAAGUUACAGCUCCACCUAUAGCUGCUGAUUUAGAUAUAAGGCAAGUUAUUGUAUAUUAUAUAUAUAAUUAUAUACCUUCUCAGCACACAGAACCAGGUUUUGUCUCAUCUCUUGUCGUCUCGCCCUUUCUUGGGUACAUCAGUAGAGAACUUACUCAUUUAGCCCUCUCAGGAAGGGAGGGCUCCCUAUAGUCACUGAACUUCAGUACCAAGCAUCAACCUCGUUCCCAGGGUAUUCUUGUUCUCCGCCAUAUUGGAAAACGAGAGGACCCUGGCGACGAGGUUGUACCCGGCUGUUGAAGAAAAUCCAUUAAAUUCUGACUAAUAAACUGAAAUAUUUACAAUGGAAAUUCGCAUGAAGCUUGGAGCUGGAAAAGAAUGAUAUUCGUCCACCUCUUUCCGAGGACUUUCUCUUCAACUAAGACAUCAUCUUAACCGCUGUUGAUUGAGUAUAAGCAUAGACAGUACAGGAGGCUGGUUAGGAAAGCCGGCAAACGCUAAAGUUGAAAGCAACGGCGCUGUAGUUUAUGUUGGAAGCUCUCUGACGGUGCACAAUGCUCUGUUUUUUGUUCACAAAUUGUGACUGAAGAAAAAAAAGCGAUGUUUCAAUUGGUCAGUAAGUUCAAAAUGAUAAAAAUGCUAUUGAACGUUGUGCACCGUCAGGUCCACAAGAAUCAAGAACAUAUAACAAAGGAGUCUAACGGUCUUCAUAACCAUUCCAGUUUAAUAACUAUGGUUAAAGAGAAAUGGACCCUGGAAACAAGGGCUGUCUUGGUACAAUCAACUUUGAAGACGUAAAAAGAGGGAUUACUGAUUAAAAGAAACUGUUGUAUGACACCACGUUAAUCACUUCACAGGACAGACCAGUCAGCGUAUGGGAUAUACCAGAGCGGAGUCUGCGUUAAAAACGUUCCAGACAUCCUCGACAUUCCGUUUGAUGACUUCGUGACUUUCUACCUCGGGUGCAGCCACUCUUUCGAGCAUGCUCUAUCGAGUGCUGAUCUUCCUGUUCGUCAUCAACAGGUGGACCGAAGAGUGCCGAGUUACAAGACCAAGAUCCCUUGCCUCCCAGUAGGCCCUUUCUGGGGAAACCAAGUAUGUUCGAUGCGCCCUAUGCCUCGUGACUUGGUCCAGAGGGCCUUUGAGGUGACUGCUGUUUUGGACCUUGUGCACGGGGCCCCUAUACAUAUUGGGCACCCUUGCUGGAUUGGAGUAAAGGAUUUGAAUCACCCUGAAUACGAUGAUAAACCAAAUAUACUGGAAGGGGAUGUAUGUCUGUUCUGGGGUUGUGGAACAACUGCUCAGGAAGCUUUAGCUAACGCAAGUAAGUAACAGUUAUAGCAUACCAGCUAGUGUGGCCAACUCCGCCUUCCAAGCAUGGAAUAGAGAGUGAAGCUUGCAGCUUGUGUGUCGUGUAGCUGUAGCGUCGAGCUACGAUUUAACCACAAGCUUACGUGAGCCUUAGUCACUGGAAGCUGGUUUAUCUUUAAUUUACAUCUUUUUUAUUUCAGGUUGUACAAAAAAAUUGUUAUAAGGUACAAUUGCCAGUAGAGCCAAAACAAUUCAAAUUUCUGGAACCGUUUCUCGCCUUACUUGCAAUCCUCAAGAAAAAAAGACAGUUAUAGCGUAAAAAACAACAACAAAAUCAUAAUUACGUAAUAAUGGUUCAUUCGUUUAUUACUUCUCAUACACUUUUUUACUAAAAUUGCUGUAAUUGUAUUUUUUUCACUCUCUUGUUUGUUACCAGUUAAUCGUGUUAGUUCGAGUGGUUUUAAUUUUUAUUCAGUUCUACCUAAAUCGACGUGCUGAGUUCGUGAAAAAUAGUGGCCGUUUUCAACCCCCAUACUAACCAGUUUUCAGACAGGCUCUUAAAUAGGCAGAGACUCUGUCAACUUUACUUAAAUUAGAGCACCAACUACAAGAUUUCUUAAAAUGCAUUCAAAUUCACAUAUUACUUUUUCUUUCAUGUUCAUUCUGAAUUGAAACGACAAAAUACGUUGACUUCAUACAUUCCUGUAGUUUCUUCAAAAUCCAUACCCGAUUGAGAACAAAAUGGGCAAAGUCUACAGACGUUUUCAGAUCAAAACAGCACAAAAACCAUACCCUUUGGGGCGGCACAUACCCACAUGUAUAAUAUGAUGGAGAAUCCCCUCCCCUUGCAGGGGAGAAGCAGUUUCAAUUGACUGUAACAACGCCCGAUUCAGGUUUGAUUGUGUUCAUAACUGGGGAUUAGCCUGUUCCGCUCUCCACUAUCUGAACGCUUGGAACAGGCUAACUGGGGAUUUCCGGAAAGGAUGGCUACCGUUGAAUCUUGUGGCACGUUUUUGGGUCAAAUGACUAAUAUCAGUAUUUUGUAAAAUUUUCAGAACUUCCCUUAAACGUAAGCAUGAGCCCGUCUGGAAACUGUUGUAACUUUAUAACAGAUCUCGUAAAUGAAGAUUUUAACAAGAUGCAUGUCCCAAAGGAAGGUACCCUUCAACCGCGAGUGGUUUUCAUAUCCGAAGGAUUCGUUUUGGGCUCUGUCCUUUCCGACAAGUCAAUGAAAAUGAUUCAAAAUCUGGCUAAACUUGAGAAACGCGAUCGGCUAAAAGACGACAGUUUGGCUCAAGCAGCUUUGAGACUCAGUCACGCCACCUCUGUUGCCAUAGUAACAUCAGGCAGUGUUUCCACCCGGGAAGGCUUCAGUGUGCUGUCAAUCAUCAAGGCCGCUAUGGCAACUGAAACUAGAGAGGUAGUUCUUCUUGUGCCAGAGGAGAAGUGCCCAGAGUGGUUAAACGCUGUCAGACGUUUGUUUGAUUUAGGUUUGCUGAAGAAGCCAGUUCCCAUCACCAAAAUUGAAACACAGGAUAUAAAGACUAAAAAUGACGCCUUGAAGGUUUCUCUCCCCGUUUUGUCAAAGAUGGAGGGCUUCAAGCUAAACGGUGUUAAUCCUCACAGAUACACCGCUUUAGUGGGGUGCAAUAGUGAAGGUAUGUAACACUAAAGAAUUCUUUUGAAACAGAUACUUAAGGCUCUGAAAAUGGACCGUUGACCAUAGUUGGGACCAGCUCGAAACAUGAGCAUCGAAGCAUCGGUCGCGUAACCUGUAUAUAAUAUAAGGAUUUUUACGGUGAAAAAUAAUUAAUUUUGUAACGUGGGGAUUAGAAAGUAUUGAAAUAAAAAUUUGCUAACCUUACUUUACUGGUGUGUUUCUUUUUUCCUGUGUGCUUUUGUGGUCAUUUUAUGCGUUUUACUGGAACGGAUUAUAAAGAGAACAAACCAGUUCCAAUAAAACACAUAAAAUGGCAAUAAAUUGGCUCGAGGACCACUCAGGAAAGAAGAAACACACAACUUGAACGUGAGGUCCGGUUAGAAGACUCGAAAUAGCCAGUUAGAAGGUAAACGCAACGCAGGUCUUAUUAACCAGACUUUCUUUAAGGUGGCUCGAAUGGAUUUUUAUGGGAGGAUACCUCCCAAGUUUGAGCACUAACUACGUCGCCAUGAGUAAAGAUAUGGGAAAAAGAUUACCACAACUGUGUUAUAUAAAGAUGAAAAUUUCUUAUGAUCUGGGUUUUAUUGCAAUCGGAGUCACCAUGGCAACGUAACAACGCCAUUACGUUUUUUAUUUAUCUUUGUGUUUCUCUGUACCGGGAGUUUUUUUUUAAGAAAUCGCUUCAGCUGCUUUUGUUACAGUUUUUGCACGUAAUUUGGUCCAUGUCUACAAUUUUCGCAUUUUUCAAAAAACUUGCUUGCUAAUAAAUAUACCCUGCAAGUUUCAAGAACAUUGAAAACAGAGAAGGCUUUUAAAUAGGGCCUCAAAUAUAACCAACUUUCCCCCCAGGUUUUGUGUUUACAAGUGAGCGUCCUCAUUAUUCACCGGCAUUGUUUCCAAAUUUAUCGAGCAGUGUUUUGAAAAAUGCGAAAUUUGUAGGCAUGGACCAAAUUACGUGCAAAAACUGUAACAAUAGCAGCUGAAUGAAAGUCAACUAAAAUUCUUCUCACUCGCGAUCGCGCGGAGCAAUUCUUCUCUUUUUUUGUACACAGUUUUCAAUGGAAUCAAACCACUAUGAGAUGAAGCCGCGUUUCCCAAGCUUCUCAUUUUCUUAGAAAGUUAGCUAAUUGUGUGGAUAGCAUGCUAUUUCACUGUUUUUAUGAUGCUUCAAAAUAUCUCAAAAACGCUCUCAUAGAAUUUGUUCAAAAUUUGCCAUAAUGGAGGAAAUUAUCGUAGGUACGAACUCCCUUAAGCGAUUUCUUAAAAAAAACUCCUGGUACAGAGAAGCACAAAGAUAAAUAAAAAACGUAAUGGCGUCGUUACGUUGCUAUGGCGACUCCGAUUGCAAUAAAACCCAGAUCAUAAGAAAGUUUCAUCUUUACAUUAUACAGUUGUGGUAAUCUUUUUCCCAUAUCUUUACUCAUGGCGACGUAGUUAAUGCUCAAUCUUGGGAGGUAUCCCCCUCAAAAAAUCCAGUCGAACCAGCUUACGGCGUAAAAGACCUUCCCAACAUUCUAACAGAAGCUGCCUCUGAUUCGAAAUUUCCUUUAAGAGAUCAAAGCUUUAGUCCACCCCCUUUUCAUGCGGUUCUCAGAUGACUUCAAUAUAUUCCGAUUUCGAGCAAUUUUCCUUUGGGGACUUUUAGUAGUUGCAAAGCGAAAACUGUCAAAAUACCAUCUGCAGCAAUACUUGUAGGCUAGCUCGCCUUUUUCCUUCCACAAAAUGACUGGACAAUUGAAUUUCAGCAGGUUCUGGUUGUUCAAGACACUUUUAUUUUUUGCGUUCUAAUAGGCCAUUUGCACGAUGACUUCAUUUUACUACUACGACCAGAAAUCUUCAGGGGUUUACUUUCUUGUGCAAAUUAGGGCCUUUGUUAUUUAAACCUCACCGGGAUUACCAAAUUCAAUAUGAAAGGAAAAACGAUCAGGAUUCCGUUCGUAGUAGUAAAAUGAUGCCAUCGUGCAAGUGGCCUAUAAUAAACUAAGCAUUUUAGCGGCUUUUUAAACAAUGUAUUGUUAACUGCUUGUAUAUUAAUCCUUCCAGGAGAAUUGUGGGUCGAGUGCGCAGCUGAGUUGAUGGCAGAAGAAACUACCGCAAGCCAGCUGGUGACAGAAACCGCUGAUUCUUCUUGGCCUGGAGUAGUGUUAGCAGCAGCCUUGUACACUCUCAAUUGUUGUCCAGUCCAUUCUCGCUAUUUACGUCGAGGUCUCGGAGAACACAAGCCCUCACAACUAGGCGAAUUCAUAAUGACUACUCAAAAGGUACCGCGUGUCCCUUUGCUAUCGCAAGCUAUGCGCCAAAUAAUCUAGUAAAAACCUGGCAUUUAAAUUGAAUUGCUGACAUUUUCCUAGCACAAGUUUUGUCAAAUAUUUUCUCAAAACAGAAAGCCUGAAAGUGGAGAAUUCUAUCCGUUAAAGAAUGCAACAGUGUUGAUCUUUUUUCGUUCCUUGGAGUAGGCUAAGAUAGUUUCUGCCCAAGAGGUGUGAAUUCUUGGGUUUAAAGUGGUCGGAUUCUUAACUUGAUAAAAACGGCAAACGUGCUAGUGGAUUUCUCGAAAAUAGCUUGAAAACAAAAUGUCCUCUUGCAUUUCAUUUGAAAUGGAGGGAAUCGCCUAGCAGUGAAUAAGAGAAACCAAGGCUGGAUUUUACUUUAUUUUGAGCCACAAUGCGCCAAGAAAACUGUCUGAUGAAACUAAUGCUGAUGUAACCAAGUGUUUAUUGCCUAUUUUUACAGCUUGCAACACUGAUGACCGAGUUUGACGUCAGCUUCAAGAGAGAAAAGAUGGAGGAUCUUGUGAAGGGAACAAGAUCAGUCCUUGAAGAUGCUGAAGCGUUGGCAAAGCCAGCUUGUUGA